GCAAACUGUAUGGGCGAGGAGCAACAGACAACAAAGGCCCAGUGCUAGCAUGGAUCAAUGCUGUUAGCACCUUCAGAGCCCUGGAACAAGAUCUUCCUGUGAAUAUCAAGUUCAUCCUGGAAGGUAUGGAAGAGGCCGGUUCUGUUGCCCUGGAGGAACUUGUCACAAAAGAAAAGCAUCGCUUCUUCUCUAGUGUAGACUACAUUGUGAUUUCAGAUAAUCUGUGGAUCAGCCGGACGAAGCCGGCACUCACUUAUGGAACCCGAGGGAACAGCUACUUCAUGGUGGAGGUGAAAUGUAGAGAUCAAGAUUUUCAUUCUGGAACCUUUGGUGGUAUCCUUAAUGAACCAAUGGCUGAGUUGAUCGCUCUUCUCGAUAGCCUGGUGGACUCAACAGGUCAUAUCCUGAUCCCUGGAAUCUAUGACCAAGUGGCUCCUCUUACAGAGGAGGAAAAAAAAACAUACGAAACCAUUGAUCUGGACCUAGAAGAAUAUCAAAACAGUAGCCAAGUUGAGAAAUUUCUGUAUGGUACCAAGGAGGAAAUUCUGAUGCACCUAUGGAGGUACCCAUCUCUCUCUAUCCACGGAAUUGAAGGUGCCUUUGAUAAGCCUGGAACUAAGACAGUCAUCCCUGGCCGGGUUGUAGGAAAAUUUUCAAUCCGUCUAGUUCCUCACAUGAAUGUGUCUGUGGUAGAAAAACAGGUGAAGCAGCAUCUUGAAGCUGUAUUCUCCAAAAGAAAUAGUUCCAACCAGAUGUCUGUCUCCUUGGCACUAGGACUUCAGCCAUGGAUUACAAAUAUCAAUGAUAAUCAAUAUCUUGCAGCAAAAGCAGCCAUCAAAACAGUGUUUGGAAUAGAACCUGAUAUGAUCCAGGAUGGAUCUACCAUUCCAAUUGCCAGAAUCUUCCAGGACAUCAUCCAAAAGAGUGUGAUGAUGCUCCCUUUGGGGGCUGUCGAUGAUGGAGAACACUCUCAGAAUGAGAAGAUCAACAGGUGGAACUACAUAGAGGGGUCCAAGUUAUUUGCUGCCUUUUUCUUGGAGUUGGCGAAGCUGCAUGAAUGA